CAGAGUAUAAAGAGCAGCUAUUUUAUACCGAGCGAUUUAGUCUCUUAUAAAAUAUCAAACAAGAUAUUGAAUAAUGCGACUGAUUCUGUUACUAAGUAUUGUUCUGUCAGGAUGUCUAGCCAGGAUUUCUGGUAUAGCACCUGAUUACGAAAAUUUGCUCAACGACAAUAUAUUGGACAGUAAAGACUUCUCACUGUUAAAAAAUCUCGCCCAACCCGUGCCAGUGUACUACCGGCAUCACGUGCCGAAAUAUAUUAAGAUAGACAUAGACGAAGAAGAAGACAAAGACGAAGACGGAUACGAAGACGAAAAUGAAGAUGAAGAUGAAGACGAAGAUGAACAUGAAGAUGGCGACGUAGACGAAGACCGAUACGAAGCCAAAGAUAAAAAUGAAGAUGAAGAUGAAGACGAAGAUGAAGAUGAAGACGAAGAUGAACAUGAAGACGGCGACGUAGACGAAGACGGAUACAAAGCCAAAGAUAAAAAUGAAGAUGAAGAUGAAGACGAAGACGAAUACAAAGAUGAAGACGAAGAUAAAGAAAAAGAGAAGAUAUCAGUGCACGUCAUCGCUCCGAAGAAAUAUAACCACCAUAAGUAUAACGUGAUCGAAGCUGCAGAUAUGACGGCUAAUAAGUUAGAAACUGCUGCGAAUAAUAAAGUGAAAAGAAAAAUCGACGAAUCGUCCUCCGAUACUGAAAACGCAGUGCAAACCUAUGGAAACGGCUACGGGGAUUUGAAGAAUUUCAAAAGUCCCCGUAAAUAUCCCGUCAAAAAACAUAUACCAGAACAUGACAACGAACAACCAACUGUUUCAAAAAGCUCAUCAAAACUUCUUAAUGCUCUACGGCGUCGGCUUUAUCCUAAAAAAGAUCCCUCGCCAUAUUACAGAAGACAAAUUUGGGGAUUAUGCGCUAACGGAUACCGGCUUGAUUCUCGGGGACGUUGCAGGGAGGUAUUACGUUAAAAAGAAAAUUUUUACUUUUCAUGAAUUUAUGUAACACUCAGUAUUCGUGAUUAGUAAUAUUUCAUCCAGACGUCAAACAAACUGUGUACUAUUCUUAGAAGCAUAAUAAACCGUUAUUUCAGCAUGCA